AUGUCCUCACUCAAGGCCUCGUCCUCUCGCAGCUCAUUGUCGAGCUCGCCCUCAAACUCGGCGUACUAUGUACCGCCUUCGCCCCCCACCUCAUCACUCGGGAGCUCAGCUUCGUCGUCCAAGGUUUCACUGGAAAUGGCCGAUGAAGAGAACAUUACAAUCACCGCAAGUGCCAGCAAGAAGCUGGGAAAGCGAAAGAGCCAGGAUGAGGAUCUCAGGAUUCUCGCCAUAUCGACCCAUAUUACAGAGCUAUCGUACAACAUAUCGGAUAUUCAGACGCGUAUCUUUGAGAUACAGGAACUUCGGCAUAAGUCUCAACUCCCAGGUGACAACACCAACACCACGAAUAUCAUCGACCAGUCGCUGAUGAGCUUGGACGAGCGGUUGGAUGCGGUAUCCAAAGGAAUCAAGUCCGUAAAUGAGUCGUUGGAACCAUGGCUCCAGUCCACCGCCACACCCACGCUAGCACAGAACGGUGAUACUAAGAACGAGAAUGCGAACGCUAUCAUCCUUCGCAAGCACGCGACCCUUAUGCAGGACUGGGACGCCGUGCAGGAUGAGAGUGAGGUUCUUCGAGAGGAGCUCAAGGAGGACAAAUGGUUAACGGUGUUCCGAACCGUCACGGACCAGGCAGAUGGGAUGAUGUCAAGCCUAGAGAAGGCCGUGAAUCGGUGUCAAGAGUUUAUCUGGCAGGUCCACCGGCGUGGUGCUGACGAUUCCCUUGCUGUGUCCCAGCGGAGCGACAAGCCGAGAGCGUCAAUCAACAUCGAUGUUUAUAACUCUUUGCUCGAUUCGUAUGAAGCAAAGAAGAAACAUUACAUGCCGGCAACCUCUAAGGUUUUAUCCAUAAUAGAUAAGGGUGUCCGCGACCGAGUCACGAAGAAUGGCGAGACAUUACGAAGACACGCAGAGUCAGCGCAACGAUGGAAGAACCUGCGUGACCGAAUAUCUCGCACUGAUGCAGAAAUGGAAUCGGUCCGUCGACUCCUUCUGAACGGUGACUCAGCUCCGAGUGACGGUGGAUCGAGUACGUCUGGGCACACCACACAUUCUCGAGGCGGAUAUCUCGCGACACCGCCGAGCGCGUCGAGAGCAUCAAGAGCUCCCAGUUCAUCAAGCAUUACGGGUUCCAUAUCUCCGUUGAGGAGGUUUGCACGGAAGAUCACAGGAUCUUCCAAGCAAUCGCCUAGUACACCAGUCACCCCCCUUAAUGUUGAAAAGACUCUUCGCGCUCCAGCCUCAGAACCAAUCAAGGUCAUCAGGCGGCAGCGUACAUCCAUAUUUGGUGUUCGGGGAAAUCAACCUGCAACCCCCUCUACGCCAGAUCGGCCCAACCACAAACAUAGUCACAGUCUGACGCCGGAUCCAUCUCCCAGGAUAGCGAAGAUUGUUGAAACACCCUGUAGCACUAUCAAGGGAACCAGUUCGAGUAGUUCGUCUAAACAACGCUGGAACAGCUCGACGAAGAUAGAAUCUGAGGAGAAAGGUGCAACGGUCAAAGGCACACCUCAGAAACGACCGCCGUCUGCGACUGGGUAUUAUGCCCGUACCUCGAGCGAUGAAAUACCGCCAGUUCCCCCCUUAGGCGCAUCGAGCUCUGCUAUGCGGGCACAAACACCUGAAGCGACUUUGCGUGCCCGUGCACAGCAGGUACCUGUGUAUCAACCGCCUGCGCCUCGGGGCGGUCCGCGAGCUUCUGCACCAGUCAAGGCUCCUCCAUCGAGUUUCCGAGACGGAUCAAACUCUAGUCGCACACCGUCGCGUCCUGGCUCUCGAAAUGGUGCAUAUACGCCCACUUUCGACCAAGGCCCAGUGCAUGAAUAUGUUCCCGCCAACACGAAAGAUCCCCUCGACAUCGAGGUUGCUGUUAUCGCUAACUCUAUCCCCCAUGGUUUAUUGGUGGAGCGCGUCGAUCCUCCUCUGCGCAGCGCACCUAAGGAAGGUGAAGAGGUCAAGGCACAAUACGCCUUUUCGAACUCCUUGGCGAGAAAGCUUGUUACAUGCAAGUUGACUACGCUGACAAGGUCAGGAAAAGCGGGCGACACUACAACAAAGAAGGUCAUGUGUCGUGUCGGUGGCGGGUGGCAAGACUUGCAACUCUAUAUCCUUAACCGACAAGCCGGGAUGUAA